AUGUCAGAAGACUUGUUAGACAUUGCAGAAAUCAUUAGAUCGAAGACUCCCGAGGAUCGCUCAUUUUACAAAGAAUCCAACAACCCUUCAGAUUCAAUUGCAUUGUUCGAUGUCGGAAACAAUGCUUGGUUACGUGUUCCAAGACAAGGGAACUUCGAAUUUGCGAUUGUUGUGCGAAAGCAAGAGGAUGGAAAGUUUGUGUAUCAGGUGAAGGACCCCAAAAGCGGGAUAAUGUAUAAGGAAGGUGCAUGGUUUGAACAGGAGCAGCUCAGUCCACAAUAUAUAGGAAGGCCGAGUUGGUUAUUCACAGCCAUCGUUGUCACCCUUGCCGCCUUUGCCGCUACAUCAAUCAGUAUGUUGAGCAGCGGAUGGCACAUAUCUGUAUUCCUCGACAGCGAUGAAAAUUUCAAGAUCCAUCGAAGAUUUGGAUAUCUUCAUUCGCGUCUGCUUCUUCGUAAACAAGAUGAGAUUCGAAGGCUCGAAGCAGAGCUUGAUGAAUUAGAUGAUCUUGAUGAAGCAGCCGACGCACCGGAUAAGCUUCGUGCAAGGUCUAGAGUUCAUGAUAUAGCUCUUGAAAAAAGAGAACUUGCAGAUGAUCAAACUUUAAGGACAAGGAGUAUGAUCUUGGAUGAGAUAGAGGAGAAGUUGUCUGCUUAUGAUGAUUUACUACUUAAAUCACAAGCUUUGAAUGCCAUGCAUCGUCCCACUGACAGUGAUUAUCGAAGUGUCGAGCAAUACAUCUUCGACAGAAAACCUCUCGUUGACGAAGAGCAAGGCUUCAUAUACGAAAAAGACGAUCUAGUAAUAUUACGCGAGGGGAGAGAAGAUGCAUUUUUGGAUACCAUGACCGAGAAAUUUCUCCAAUCACUCUUCUGCACAUCUGCAGACCGUGCCAAGACCGACGACCCCAACCUCCACUACUUUAGCAAAUCCCGCAAAGACACAUUCAUCACCACCCUUCUCGUCCUGGUUCUACUCAUCCUUCUGAUUCUCCCAGUAUUCCUUCUCUAUCGUCUUACAGAACAUCAUAAUAUCAAUCUCACGUAUACAGUUAGUAUUGGCGUACUUUUGGUUUUCACACUUGUAUUUUCUGCGGUAUUGUCGCUUUUUACACAGGCGAAACGGCAUGAGAUUUUUGGCGCGGCUGCUGGGUAUGUUGCGGUGCUGGUAGUAUUUAUUAGUAAUAUUCCGAAUGUGAAUUGA